AUGAAUAAUGAUGAGGCUGUGUUUUGGCUCGAGCAGUUCAUCGGGAAGAAUUUGCGUGUUCAUGCGUCUGAUGGACGUGUGUUUGGCGGACAGAUGAAGUGUACGGAUAAAGACCGCAACAUCAUCCUCUCACUCGCCUAUGAAUACCGCGCGCCGUCAACAGAAAGCAUCCGCAAGGCUAUCGAAGAAUCUGGUAAUCCGUCUGCGACGGUGUCUUGGAAUAGUCGCUAUGUUGGGUUGAUCGUUGUGCCUGGCCAGCAUAUCACGAAGAUUGAGCUUGAAGAAAGUGGCAUGCCUGGGCAGAAAAGCAGUGUCUUGCUUUGA